ACUAGUUGUAUAUAACCAUACCUAACCCUGGCCGAUAAAUUAAGAUAACUAUUGAUAACUAUGGCAGCCGGUCCUAUUGCAGAACGUAAUCAAGAUGCUACCAUAUAUGUGGGUGGUUUGGAUGACAAAGUCACAGAAUCCCUUAUGUGGGAACUGUUUGUCCAAUCAGGACCAGUGGUCAAUGUACACAUGCCUAAAGACAGGGUGACCCAAAUGCAUCAGGGCUAUGGAUUUGUUGAGUUCAUGGGUGAGGAGGAUGCAGACUAUGCUAUUAAAAUAAUGAAUAUGAUAAAAUUAUACGGAAAACCAAUCAGAGUGAAUAAAGCAAGUGCCCAUCAAAAGAAUCUGGAUGUCGGGGCCAACAUUUUUAUUGGAAAUCUUGAUCCUGAAGUAGAUGAAAAGUUGUUGUACGACACUUUCAGUGCAUUUGGAGUAAUUCUUCAAACACCCAAGAUAAUGAGAGAUCCUGAAACAGGAAAUUCAAAGGGUUUUGCAUUCAUAAACUUUGCCUCAUUUGAUGCAUCAGAUGCAAGUAUAGAAGCAAUGAACGGUCAAUAUCUGUGCAACAGGCCCAUUUCUGUGUCAUACGCAUUCAAGCGUGAUGCCAAGGGAGAAAGACACGGCAGUGCAGCCGAGCGAUUGCUGGCCGCUCAAAAUCCUCUGAGCCAAGCAGACAGGCCUCAUCAAUUGUUCGCGGAUGCACCUCCAUUGGCACCGCCUCCAAUGCCAAAUGCAGGUCCAGCGGUUCAUCAAGCCGCUCAUCAUCCACAGCAUCACGUGAUGCAUCACGGAAUGGUUGUUCCACCCCCGCCACCACCAUCGACACCGGGACCACCGAUGGGUCAUCCUCCACCACCACCCGUUCCACCUCCACCAUCGAGUGGUUUUCCACCAUCCAGUAUUCCUCCACCCCCGUUACCACCAAUGUCAAUGGCGGCUCAUCCUCCUCUACCUCCUGGAAUGCCACCCCCACUGCCACCAAUGCCAGUACCGUCGUCUCAAUCGCAACAGACGACGGCCAGGAUGAUGGCACCGCCCCCACCUCAUUGGGGUGUCAGUGGUCCUCCUCAAGGUCAAUUCCCACCGCCACCACCACCCUCAUCAGCCGGAGGACCACAUCCCCCACAAUUCGGACAAUUUCAACCUCCACCACCACGUCCUCCACCCGGUUGGAGACACCCACCGCCUCCUCCCGUGUCUCAAGGAGGCCCUCCACCACCCCCACCCCCGCAAUUCCGACCACCCUUCCCACCAAGAGGUCCACCGCCUCCACCACCUCCGCACGAUUCCAAUCAAUAUUAAAAUUAACAUUCACUCGGACUACUGGCGUCUUGUCUUCGCUCACCUGCAACUGUAAUAUAACGAUAUUGACUGUGUUCAUUAUCUUUAACCUCGCCACAGGUUUUAUAAACUGUAAAAAC